AUGGCCGAGCCUCUCCCCGCCGCGCUCAAGAUCCCCGAGAUCAGCCGGUUCGUCAACCGCGCCAACCAGCUGCGCGCCGUCAAGCCCGCGCUCGCCUACUGGUGCGAGUACCACGCCGUCAACCAGAUCGUCGGCAAGGGGUUGCACACCACCGACGACGACUGCUUCCAGUUCACCCGCGCCCUCAUCGAGCGCCUCGAGGCCACCAAGGCCGAGCGCCCCGACGACGACGCCAUCGUCGACAACGCCGCCGGGCAGGCCUAUGUCGAGGUCUUUGCCCAAGAGACGCUCGACCGCGCCGAGCGCACCAUGCGCGCCAACAAGGUGACGAGGCAAACGGCAGACACGUUCGACGCAGCCGCCACCUUCUUCGACCUCACCCGCGAAUGGGGCCCGCCCGAGCCCGAGACGCUCCAGAAGAUCAAGUUCGCCAAGUGGAACGCUGCGCGCAUCCUCAAGGCCAUCCGCCAGGGCCAGGACCCCAACGAGUCCAACCCGAAGGCCCCCGAGCCCGAAGCCGCGCUCUCACCGGAGGACCUGGCCGAGAUCGGGCUCGACCCCGCCGCGACAGGAGGAGGCACGGAUAACGCCUGGGGGCCGCCGCCAGUCUCGCUCGAGGAGGUCCCCGACGCCGGCGAACCACUACCGCCCACGACCGACGCAGAAGCGGGGAGCUUCUUCCCCGCAGCACCACCGUCACCACCCACCGCGACGUCGCCGGAGCCACCAUUCGUCCCAUCCCCGAUCACCACGCCGCCGCCGCCGCCCGCUCAGGCAGCAACAAACCUACAACCGACGCCGUCGCCCUCUUCUUCACGGCCGCAUGUGCCGCCUCCGCAACCCUCAUCCCCGAUUCCGACCAGAGUAGCUCCCGAAAUAAUUCCGCCGCCGGAGCCCCUCCCCGCGGUGCAGCCGAGAGAGGUGCCUGCGUCGGUGAUGGCUCCGUCGGCAGCCCCCGUGCCGACGCCGGCAUAUGCGCCGGCCACGAAUAUACACCGCAAAGACCUCAACCAGGCCCAGAAGCAUGCAAAAUGGGCCAUCUCAGCCCUUAACUUUGACGAUGUGCCCACGGCCAUCAAGGAACUGCGGAACGCCCUAGCCAUGCUGGGGGCUCAGUAG